AAAAUAAAAUAAAAUUUUCAUAUUCUAGUGAGGUGGCAGCAUCUCCAUUGGUUGGAGUGUACUUUUCCCUUCCAUUCCUCUCCUCAAAUUCACUCUUCUUUCUCUCCACAAAUCUCAUCUCUUUGACUCUCCCAUUUCUCGUACCACUCCGCCACUGUUUCUUUUUCUCUUUAACAAUGUCUGUCUUCCCUUCCUCUAAACCAGCCGCCACCACAACCGCCGCCCCGCCCCCAGCCAACGGCGCCACUGCCGGACCCCCAGCUGCUACAACAACUGCAACCAACGGUGGAGCAACAAAAUCCAAUCUCUACAACCCCACUUCUCGCCAACCUUACCGUCAGCCUUACAACCGCCGUCACCACCACCGUCCCCGCCGAAACUACUGCUGCUGCUGCUGUUUCUGGACCAUCCUCAUCAUCCUUAUCCUUGCCCUUUUAGUUGCCAUAGCUGGUUCCAUCCUUUACGUCCUUUACCGCCCUCACCGCCCCUCUUUCACCCUCGCUUCCCUCCGUAUCCACCGCUUAAACCUAACCACCACCGCCGAUUCCACCUCCUCCCAUCUCUCAACCCUUUUCAACUUAACCCUUUCUUCCAAAAACCCAAAUUCCCACCUCACCUUCACUUACGACCCAUUCACCCUCUCAUGCGUUACAAGUAACAACGAUGUGUUUAUAGGCAACGGCACAUUGCCGGCGUUCAUCAGUAACAGAAAAAACGAGACAACAUUCAAGGGAGUUGUAAUAACGACAUCAAGUGAUCUAGAUGCCGACACCGUCAACAACUUGAGACCCGAUCUGAAGAAGAAAAAUGGGAUCCCGUUGAAAAUUGAGAUGGAUACUAAAGUGACAGUGAAAAUGGAUGGAUUGAAGAGCAAGAAAGUGGGGAUUAGAGUUACGUGUGAUGACAUUAAAGGGACUGUGCCCAAAGAAAAAGUGUGCUUGGCAUUGCGUGAUGAGCAGUAUACCAAUCGUAUAUUACUGAGGGCUAUAUUUGAAUUUUUUAUUUUUAUGAUAUUAGAAUGUGCCUGAAAGUACUGAAAUUAAUGAUUUUUCAGCUUUUUUUUUCUCUUGCUUUCCGUGAAUCUGAAUCCAAACUGUUCCAUGCAGGAAAUUUAAAAAAAAAAAAAGUCUAGAAACUUGAAAGUACUGGAAGAAAUUCAUAAGUUUGCAACUUGCAAUUAUUUCUUUAAUAUUCUUUUGUGAUGUAAUUAGUGUAAUUUAACUCUUUUUAAGUUAUUAAAUUUUGAUUGAAUCCGAUUUAAGCUGGUAG